AUGGAAAACAUUGAUUAUAAUGAUUCUGAUAGUGAAUCUGUAGAUGAAAUUGAAAACUUUUCUAUUCUAAACUUCAAUAAUGAUACAUAUCAAAAUAUUAAGGAUAAAAUAUUACAACUAGAUGGCGAUGAUAAUGAAGACUAUGACCUUAAUAUUCUUGAUGAAUUUGUUGACCAAGUAAUAAAUAUUGAUGAUCAUGUUGUACCAGAUCAACAUGAACAAACAUGGGCUUUAAGUGAACAGAUAUAUAACACAUUUCAAAAUUCAGAUCCCAACAGUCAUUCUCUUUUUGAUUACACAACCCAAAAUACUACAAAAGGAUUCUUCAAUAUAGAAACUUGUUAUCAACAUAGAAUAGAACGUAUGCAAAACCUUCUUGCGAAAGAAGUUUACUUGACUAAAAAAAAAAAAUCAAAGAGAAGAGGAAUUAAAAACUUGGAUGAUACUCAAAGUAAAGAUAAUGCUCAAAAUGAUAAUAAUACUCAAAAUGAAGAUGAAUAA